AUGAGGAUGAUGACGGAGGAGUCAGUCAGUCAGUCAGCGUGGAUUUCUAUGUUGUAUCAAUUCCGGAUGAUUUCCCAUUUGCGAUUUCUGCGGGGUGGAGAGCGAGCGGUGACCGGAGCGACCAGCAAACCGAGCUUGUCCGCCCGAGCGAGACAACAAAGCACUCCGUCACCCGCUUGCGUCUGUUCCUCCGACUUCGUGGGUUCCCCAAACGCCGCCCUCACCUUUCUAAUCCCCUCUUUUCCCUUGCGAAAACGCAAAAAAGGAAGACAGAAGGAUCUACGAUACAGAUACCUAUCUGUUCCCUCUGUCCAGACUCUCUCUGCACCUCAGUGCUUGAUUGCUUGCUUGAUUGCUAGCUAUCUAUCAGUGCGGGCUCGUCCGACCAGACUGACUCCCAUUCAACGUGUACGAUAUCUAUUUAUCUCUAGUUCAGUUAUCGGAUACACUCGACUCGGUUCUUUUGCUUUAUCGCUUGCCUAG